AUGCGCCGUCGACUCCACGCCACGCCGUUUCUUUCACUAGCAGUGUUCCUACUGCUGUUAAUGUACGGCGCAGGUGGCUGCCUCGCCGCCGCCCACCGCCGUGCCUUCGACGAGGUGUUUUGGGAGAGCGGCCGGCCGCCGACCGCGAUGGUGCGUGAGCUGCCGCGCAAGGGGCAGGGCGCAACGCAGGCGUACACCGUCGCCGCAGCGGGGGAGGACAAGAGUGACUGGGCGCCCAUCCGCAUCGCGGUGUCCACGGAGGAUUUGAAGGACACCAAUAAGUACUGCACCAAAGAAGGUGAAGCAAAGCUGGACUUCAGGGGAAACAAUUCAUCGUGCACGGAGGAUGAGGUUUUGACCUCGGAGAUGAUAAAAACCCUGGUGGAUGAGAUUCUUCCUGUGGCCGUCGGACUGCACGCGGAGCGUUUGCUCGUUCAGCGCGUGAAGACUCCGUUUGUUGUGUUGCCGUUCACAGAGAAGGAGGGGAACUGCCAAUACUUCAAGGUCCCCGAGUCGCAUCAGAAGACGGGAGUGACGGACGCGGACAUGGUGCUCUACGUGGCUUCCAGGUCGAAUUACGGGACGUGGGCUGUCCCGUGUAUGUUCGGGAAUGACGGUCGUCCAAUUGCCGGUGCCCUGCAUAUUAUGCCUUUUCAUGCGCUUCCCGUCAUGCACUCUGCUCGCACCACUGCGCAUGCAAUUGCCCUUACUCUUGGCUUCAGCAUGGAACAGAUGCAGAAGCACGACAUGCUGUUGAGCGUGACUGGUGUGCGCGGCGGCACCUCUCCUGUGACGGUGGUGAAGUCACCUGUGACUUUGAGAAAGGCGAAGCUGCACUACGGCUGCGACACCACCCCGGGCAUAGAGCUGAACAAUCAUGAUGGGGUGUACUUGUGGUCGUUGCGCAACGCGAAGGACGAGUUGAUGAGCCUGCGUGGUAAGGAAGCCGCCGGCUACUACACUGCGCUGACGAUGGCGGCGUUUGAGGACCUCGGCUACUACAAGGCCGUGUGGGGGAUGGAGGAGCCGAUGGUGUGGGGCAACAACUCCGGCUGCGAGUUCCUGACGAAGCCGUGCUCGGAGGAAACUCCCACCACUUUCCCCGGCAUGUUCUGCGAUAAAAAAGAUGCGAAGUCGCUUCGCUGCACGUCCACCCGCCAAGCCAUCGGGACAUGUUCUGGCGAUGUUGUUGACGUCAGUGGUGGCGAAAAGGAGACCUGCAGUGUUGUUCACCCGCCUCAUCGUAUUCUUGAAAAUCUUUUUUGCGCUGCGGAAGGGAUCGAC